AACUGGCCUGCAUAAAGGUGCCCAAGAGCAGUACCGAACGCGCAAACCUUCGAUCGGCACAGCUCGUCAGCCCACCAUGUCGUCUUACCUCAAUAAUCUCCUCACCAACACGACAUCGCGCUACAACAACCUGCGACGACAGAUCCUAUCCGACGAAGCAGAUGGCGAUACAGAAGACGACUCGCAUCUCUCGCGAGUGCUUCGCGCAUAUUAUACGGAAAAGGGCAGGCCCUUCCCCCAAUGGCUUCCACCAGACCCAAAGGCCCCCCAGCCCGCGACCCCGACACAGUUCGCAUCUUCUUCGUCACUACGACAACAGGGACAAGCGCCGCCAAUGGGCAGAGGAGGUGGAGGACUCAGCGAUCUGUGGGAUACUCCUGCGCCGCAACAGCAGGCACAAGAACCACUGUCGCUCCGCCGAGGUGCAGGAGGGCGUCCUCUGCAAGGCCGACCCAUGGGCAACUCCAUGACGCCAGAGCCUCAAGUACAGGGACGACCAUUGCCGAGUCAAAGGGCUGGUAGCUACCAGAGCUCGGUAGGAGGGCGUCCUCAGGCCGAGUCUUCAUCACCACCACCAAGCGCAGGAGGGGGCACAUCCGCGCAGGAAAGGCUCAAGGCCAGGCUAUGGGGGAGGUCACAGAGCCCAGCCCAGCGCGGACCAGCUUCAGAUUCUGGCAGCGCCAACCCGUCUAGCCCGCGCAGCCCAUACGACCAAGGAGGACGACCACCAUACCCGGAAGAGCGAAGUAACAGCUAUGGAAGUAAUGGCAGCGCCGGUGGAAGGCAGCAGGGCUAUUCUGGCAUGUCGGCAAACUCGCCUUGGACUGGCAAUGCUGAUCCGUAUGCGCCACAGAAUGGAGGAUACGGGGGAAAUGCACCGCCACGCGGACCACCGCAGGGCGGACGUAUGGGUCUGCCGAGUGGACCACGCAUGCGCUGAAGGCCUUUUGAGUUCUUGGUGGGUUGAGCAUGGCGUAACGGAGUGGUUGUUGGUACUCAUUGGGAAGGCAAGCAUGGGUCUGUAGACAUUUGGCAGCAUAGUUCAGGUUUACUGUACGGGCAGGUCCUUAAUAAUAUCGAUAUAUUCAACUCGGGGUCAUACAAAGCACCAAUAUCA